AUGUCCCUCUCAGAACAAGCCCGGAAUUACAGGUAUCUCGGAAGCAAACCGCCCAAUCCACAUCAUCUGGCGAUCGCCCUCCAGCACGCAGAUCAAAUCCAAGCGCAAAAAGACGCACAAGCCUUGAUCUUGGACCGUAUACUGGAGCUCAUAGAGCUUCCAUCGUCGCCCACAGCAGACCCCGCGCAACCCUCAGCGGCAGACACGGCCGCUGUCAAGGAUGCGCUUGUUCCAUUCCAGCCAACUGAUCUCGACAACCUCAUUCUCGAGCGCAAUAUAGAGGGCCGUUGCGGCUAUCCCCUCUGUCCUCGGGAGCAUAGGAAAGAGGAUCCGAGCGCCAAGUUCCGAAUCUUAUGGGGAGCCAAAGGCAGCGGGGACAAUGGUCGAGGGCGGGAGAUGAAAGUUGUGCCUCGUGAGAAGCUUGAGAUGUGGUGCUCGGAAGAAUGCGCUGAGCGUGCCAUGUAUCUGCGUGUUCAGCUAGCGGAGGAGCCGGUAUGGGAACGACGAGCUGCAGGUACACAGACAAAGCGGCUUGUGCUACUGGAUGAAGCCCGACAACAAACGAAACGGGGAACGUCAAGAGAAGGGUCCGACGUAGUCAAUGUUUCUACUGACCGGGAAGAUAAUGCUCUAAAUGGCAAGAUGGCACGUCUUACAGUGGAUGACUCUUCAUCAGCAGCAGCAGCAGCAAAUCCCGAGAAGGCAAAACAGCUCGCGCUUGAGAGAGGUGAUUCAGGUCCAGCGUUUGAAGCACAAGGUCGUGUUGAUGUGAACAUUCGCGACAAAGACAUCACAUUCAACGGUAAAAUCCCACCAGCUCCCGUUUCUCUUCCACAAGAUAGGACGGGCGGUUCUAUCGAGGGUUAUGUGCCUCAGAACACUCAGAAACAACUGAAGAAUAUACGACGAGAUGACUCCCGCGAGAGUCAUGAUGUUCUCGACAACAUAUGA